AUGGUUGCCGGGCUCUUCCCCGCCCUUAGGUUUGUCAUCAAAGGAAGCCUGGCCGGAGCUGCUGUAUAUGUGGCAUAUGAUCAGGGGCUGCUGGGCAGUGGCACUCAAGGUGCUGAAGCCCUCAGGAAAGCUCAAGCAGCACUCCCUCCAGCUAUCCAGGAGUGGACAAGUUACAUAGGCUGGGAGCUCCCACCCACUCCAAAAUUUGACUUUUCCCCCUCUGAUUCCUGGAAUAAAGGAGUGCAGACAGUCGUGUCUGCCUUGUCUGUAGCUCCCACCAGGGCCUGUGAAUAUGCUGUGGAAGGCUGGAAGCAUGUGAAAAAUCUUGUCAAAUGA